GCGCGCCGCAUUGUUGCGCCCGGCAGCUGCGGGGAUACCGUAUGGGCUCGCCACCCGAGCCUCACGACAAGAUCUCCUACGUGACCGACAUCGAGGGAAACUGGGAGUUUUUCGUCCGCUUCAUCGACCUCUCCGAGGCGCUGAGCCUCAUCGCGCUGCCGGCGCACGGCUCGCCCGCGGCGCAGGUGGACCUGCAGGAUGGCUGGCAGCUGGUGGUGGGAGGCGAUUGCUGCGACAAGGGCGGCGCCGUCGGCGGCUCCAUCCGCGUCGUAUCGACCCUCGUCGAGCUCAAGCGGCGCUAUCCGACUCGAGUGACGCUCAUCCUCGGCAACCGAGACGUCAACAAAAUGAGGAUGACGUCGGAGCUGUCGGAGGGGCAGCUGGCGCACGAGCGGCUGUCCACCAUCCCGGGCCCGUACUGGGUCCCCGAGUCCAAGCGCGUCGCUCCCUGCGCCUUUCUUCGCGCGACUGCGGCGCAGCAGCUGGGCCGCGCGGGCCUCGCCGCGUCGCUCUCUGUCGCGGAGCUCGCCUCGGGGUACAACACGCUGCCCAACCGGCUCCGCUGGAUGCUAAAGGAGACGAUGGGCGCCGACGGCGAGUUUGAGCGCCGGCGGGCGGAGCUAGAAUCAGAAGACACCCGCCGGUUGGCGUACUCACCUAGGCGGGCGGAGAUUGCGCUGCUGCGAGGCUCUGACGCCGAGCACGCUUUGGCGGUCCGCAAGGCGGCGGAGAGUUCCGAGAGCGAGGCGCGCGACGGGCGGCGCCCUCGGCCUUCAAGCCGCGCCGAGGCGGCGCUGGGUGUGACUGACGCCGAGGUGUGCGAGUCGUUUGUGUCGUCCGUUGCGCCGGGCGGCUUCAUGCGCGGCCUGCUCGACGCGGGCCAGCUCGCGUGCAUCAUCGGCUCGACACUCUUUUUGCACGGCGGCGUCCAGUCGCGCGGAGGCUGCGCACUUGGGCGUGUGCCAGGCCGCGAGGGCGAGGUGCAAUCUCCGCGCGAGUGGGCCGACGCUCUCAACGCGUGCGUGCAGACUGGCACGCUCGCCCCGGCUGGGAGGACGAGAGCCUAG